AUGGGCUCAAUCACUGACGAUAAACGAAACCUCAUUAUAGUUUCAAAUCGCCUUCCAUUGUCCGUAAAAAGGGUUAAUGGUGCCUAUGAGUCAUCUCUUUCGAGCGGUGGCCUUGUCACUUCUCUCUCUGGUUUGACCAAGUCUACCAAGUUCCAAUGGUUUGGCUGGCCAGGAAUCGAAGUCAAAGACGCAAAGGACCGAGAGGAAGUGCAAAAGAGCCUGGAAGCACAUAAUGCUAUUCCUAUAUUCCUCGAUAGUUCCCUGGCACAUGAGCACUAUAACGGGUUCUCGAAUCCAAUUGCUGAAACGGCGGAUGGGGGAACGUUGAUCUGGGUCCAUGAUUAUCAUCUCAUGCUUCUGCCCGAGCUUCUCCGUGACCGACUCAAACAGCAGGGUAAAUCCUGUGCCAUUGGCUUCUCACUCCACACGCCAUUUCCUGCAGGAGACUUUUGGAGGAACCUUCCUGUGCGAAAGCAUCUCAUUGAGGGUAUGCUGUCCAGUGACUUGAUUGGGUUCCACACCGACGAGUAUAAGCAGAACUUUAUCGAUACCUGUGCCAGUCUCCUUAACGCACGCACAGAAAUUCCCAAUCAAAUCCAGUAUAAAAAUCGGCUCGUCUGCAUAGACAAGUUCAUUGUCGGCAUUGACCCCCAAAAGUUCGCAGACACCUUGCAAAAGCCUGAUGUCCAAGAACGUAUUCGAACCUUGAAAGAACGCUACAAAGGCGUCAAGGUAAUUGUUGGCGUCGACCGACUGGACCAUAUUAAAGGCCUCACGCAGAAACUCAAGGGCUUCGACGCUUUUCUCGAUGACCACACAGAGCUGCAAAACAAGGUUGUUCUCAUUCAAGUUGCCGUCCCCAGCCGCGAGGAUGUAAAGGAAUAUCAAGAUCUCGAAACGGAACUGUGUACUAUCGCUGGCAAGAUAAACGGGAAACAUGCCACCCCCGAGGGCACUCCGCUGCUGUAUAUGCAUCGCUCCGUUCCAUUCAACGAAUUGACCGCGUUGUACUCGGUAGCCGAUGUUUGCCUUCUGACCUCCACUCGAGACGGCAUGAAUCUCGUAGCCUUCGAGUAUGUGGCAUGCCAGCAAGAGCAUCAUGGCGUCCUCGUUCUCUCCGAAUUCGCUGGCGCGGCUUCCUUCAUGACGAAUGGUAGUAUCCCAUUCCACCCUGCAAACAAGACGGAAAUGUCCGAGGCGAUCUUCAAUGCGUUGAAUCUGGAUGCGGGCGAGCGGAAGGCCAAGUACGAGUAUCUCCGAGGUUUUGUCAAUACCAACACAAGGUUCGAAGGGCUUCCUGCUUUCAUCAUGUCAAUUGCUGACCCUGGCAGUGCAAAAUGGGGCGAGACCUUCAUCGAAAGGUUAUCCCGUCGCUGUAGACGACCCGGCAGCUCAUGCUAA